CACACACACACAGACAACAAGAGGAUGACUACAGAGUCGGACAAGAACGCGAACUACUGCGACGUGUCCUCGCUGAAGAGGGGGGAUCUGCUGGAGGUGUCGCGGACGCUGUUCACCCACUUCGGCAUCUACCUGGGGGGGGACAUCGUGGCGCACCUGAUGCCCGACAUCCUGCCCGUGUUCACGGACGACGAGAAGGCGGUGCGCCAGGUGGUCACCAACCAGCGGCUGGUGCUGGGCGUCAUCUGCAGGAGCGCCAGCAUCAGGGUGGACUCUGUGGAGGACUUCGCCUACGGCGCCGGCAUCGCUGUCAACCACAUGGACACCCGCUGCAAGAGCCCGGCGCUGCCCAGCGAGGAGGUGGCCGCCAGGGCUGAGACCCUGGUGGGCAGCACCGACUACAGCCUCCUGUGGAACAACUGCGAGCACUUCGUGACCCACUGCAGAUACGGCACCCCCGUCAGCAUCCAGACCGACCAGUUCUGUGAGGUGGUGAAGACUAUAAUCCGGGACCAGAGGAGUGUUUUUGUCACUGCUGCGUUAGGCCUGGCUGGGAUGUUUUGGCUGGGUUUGGGGCCUUCUACCACUCUUCCCACCAUUUUGAUACCCUUCUUGCUAUGGAUGGCUGGCUAGCUUGUGCCUUGACCUCAAGUGAUCUGUAAAUAUGUUAAUACCAAUGAUGUAUAAAGAAGAUGGACAUGAUUUUAUAAAUGUUUAUGCCAGUGCCAAAAUAGUUGGCCUUUUUGUGGGAUGUAAUUCCAUCAAAACACAAAACAAACUGUAUUAGCUUACUAUGUAAGCCCAUCUGAUUUUAUUUUAAUGGAUAUUUUAUGUCAAGUAGGUUCCCAAAACUAAAACUUUUUGUAACUUACUACGUACUGUAACGCUAAGAUUUUAGACAUUUUUCACACUUUUUUAUUUUAAUGACUCUUUUGGCACUUAAAAAGUUUUCUAAUUACAGAAUGUUUUAUUUGCCUGCCUUGACGUAAGCCACACAGAGCCAGCACUAACUUGAAUUGUUGGUCGAGAUGCAAUGGUCUUAAUUUUAUUUUUUGCACUUGUGUGGCUUAUGUGUCAGCAAUGUGUGCUUGGUCACAGAAAACUAAAAUACAAGGAACUUCCAUUAUAACGUUGACUCACUUACAGUGCUGAUGUCUUGUGGACACAAACUAACUGGAAGCAAUGUACACUUGGCUGGCCUCUGACCUGACUCGCCUUCUGCUUGCAUUGCAUUUUCGGGUCACUUCCUCCAGCGUGCACUAUGCGCAGGAAAUGCAGCUGAUGUGACCGUGCCAAGGAAAUUGACAGCGGCAUUUCUGCAUCAUGCACCAUGUGCAGGAAGUGAUGUCAGCAUCGAACCGGCAACCUGGAAGUUUAUCUUUUUUCAUGUUUUGCUCAUAACGUGGCCUCUGAACUAUUGACCGCAGUGGACCAUGUUACAACAAGGUUCCUCAGGGUAUGGAUUUUCAGCAGCACUGACACAUUUCAGUGGCUCCUAAAUGGCAGAGAAAGCUCGUUGUGUCUAUUCCCUAUUCCUUUGUUCAAAAUCUUUCUGAAUAAGAAAUAAAAAUAGUGUAUU